AUGGCCAGCAAGGCGGAGUACGUGCAGCAGAUCAAGAACUUGCAGCGGGGCGACCCUACCUUCAAACAGACUUGGUGGGACUAUUGCGAAGCACAACUCGGUGGUGUCCGCGACCCCAACAGGCACGAUGAGAGUAUUUUGAUUGAUUUCCUGAAGGGUUACAACAGCGGCACCAUUGCCCCGUCAGCUCCACGCCCCGAAGAGGAGUGGUGGAGCAAAGGCAAGGGGAAGGGCAAGGGCAAAGACAUGUCCUACAACAUGAUGCCGCCGCCAGACAUGUGGGGAAUGCCAGUGAUGCCUGGCAUGAGCUAUGCAGAUUUCGUCAAAGUUGGUCAGAGGGUGUCUCCUCAUUGGACAAAUGCGUGGCAGACUUACUGCGCCUUGUACGGUGCCGGUGUCUACGACCCGUUCAAACAUGACGACACCUACCACAGGAGUUUCAUUGACUAUGUGGGGGAGCUUGCAGCGAACGGCCUUUCAGGCAUUGCCGUGUCACAAGGUCUCAACGUAGAAGAAAUUACUGCCCAGAGCAGCAAGGGUAAGGGCAGAAGUGUGUUUACAAAUGGGAUGGGGAUGGAGCCAGCUCCAAAGAGAUUCCGCUUUGAGGAGGCGGAUGGUGCAAAGCUUGAGCUGGUAGAGAAAGUCAAGAACUUGCAGCGGUCCAACCCUCUGGCCAAGGAAGCUUGGUGGGCGUACUGCGACGGCCAGUGCGGAGGCAUGCGGGACCCGUUGCGCCAUGACACCCCUUCCUUAGAGAGCUUUCUCACCAGCCAGGGAGCUCUCAAUUGA